UCUCAGAUUUAAAGACAAAUAUUCGCUCAUAAUUUAUCUGAGCUUUGCUCCUUUGGCAGUUUCAUUGUUUUUUUGAUCUAUUUUUAUAUAUAGUGUGUAUGUAUAUAUUUGCAUUGUAAAUUAUCUAGGUAUCAGGUAUCUCUGUAAGAAGAAGACCCAACUUUUUUGUCUAUGAGUCAGUUUUACUUUUGUUUCAGCAGAUGCUGAAAUGUCCAACAAGUUAAAUUUAUUGCACUAGUGAAUAAUUUCUUCUGGAUUUGGAAAAAUACAUCAUAUUCACAAACACUCUUUUAAUGUAUCUUUAUGUAACAAAAGCAGAGUUCAGCAGAGAAAGACAAAAGUGAUGUGAACUGACAAUAUUUUAAUGGGGGGGAUAAAAGACUGUAAGUGAUCAAUGGAGGCGGCGGCCAAGUGAUGCCCGGGGGACGGCUUUGAUGUGGGCAUCCUCAGAGGGACGCCGGGGACAAUGCGCUCUUUGAGGGGCAUGCAGAAUGGCAGACACUUCCCUCUCCCUCUGUCCCGCUCUCUCACACUCUGUCACUCAGCCUCCCUCCAUCUCCACGCUCGCACCAAUCACGCUCAGAGCCUCGGCUUUUCGGACGCACGUUGACAUCUCUCCCUCGCUGUACAUUCCUCUGCUGCAGUGUCACAUCAGCCCAUAUCCUUAUCUGCAUAACUUUCUCCCUCUGUCUUUCACAUUAAUUAAUUCAAACAACACCCCCUUCCCUGCUGCCCAGCCAAUCACUCCGCCUCCCCCUCCCCAAUCUGUAUCUCUCUCUCUCUCUCCCUCCCUCUGUCUCCUUUCAUAGAACCAAACCUCUUUGUGAUGUCCAGCCUUGGCAAGUUGCGCCCGAUUUGCUGUCACAGUCUUAAUGAAUUCAUCUGUUUGUGUAUUGGCCAUGGGAGCAUCUCUCCCUCCUCCCUCCCUCUCGCUCUCUCGUCCCUAUCCUCUCCCCCCCUCCCCCUUGCUGGUGUUCCCCUGGGGACUCUAUAUAUACCAGGGACCACUCCAGGCACCUAUUGUUCCUCUAAGUAAACUUACAGACAGAUGCCCUGCACCACAGUGUGGGAGAGAGCCCAGAGAGUCAGGAGGAGGGAGACAGUUGGAGAUUGCAGAGAGCCACCGGACAAUAAGGACCUGGGAGCUGAGCCUCAUCUCAUCUCCAGCACCUCAGCAUCCUCUCCAGCCGUCCCUCCUGCUUCCUGCGCGAGUCUGCUUGUUGUCACUGUCUCGAGUGGAGGUCUGAUGCUGAGACGCCAUGCUGCUGCUGACAUCACUGCUGUUCACGGGGCUGGGUUGCUUGCUGGGGGCCCCGACAGGUAGAGAGGUCUACAGGAUGCCCCAGAGUGCGCUCAAAGCGCUGUCUGAUCGUGGCACAGUGGUUCUUGAGGCGGCCAUGACCAGCGCCCUGUCUGCUCUCGAGCGUGCAUCCUCUGAGAGAAGUCGUGUUGAGGCUGGCUGCCGGGGUUGCGUUCCCUGUCUGUUUCAGGACUGUGGGCAACUGUCUGGCUCCUGCUCAUCUCCUGCCAGUGCCUUGUCAGAGCCCAGCUGUGACGUCAUCAGUAAGGCCCAGAAGCUUCAGGAUGAAGCACAGCGGAGUUGGGCUCUGAGUCAGGCCUGUGCAUACUACCAGCAUCGCUGCCCACCUGGUGAACUGGACAAGGAGAGCUGCAUCCGGAUCAUGGGGGAGAGUUGCAGCGCCCGAGUCCUCCAGUGCAGCCUGCUGAACACAAUGCAGAACCUGGAACCUGCUACUCAGACCCAUGCACAGGCGGUGUGCGGUCAGAGGUCGGCCGCGGUGCAAAACGUCACUCAGCCUCGCUCCAGGAUUGUGGGCGGCUCCCCUGCUCCUCCAGGCAGCUGGCCCUGGCUGGUCAACCUGCAGCUAGAUGGCGGCCUGAUGUGCGGAGGGGUCCUGGUGGACAGCUCCUGGGUGGUUACUGCUGCACAUUGCUUUGCAGGCAGUCGCAGUGAGAGUUACUGGACGGCCGUAGUGGGGGAGUUUGACAUCACCAAGACGGACCCUGAUGAACAAGUUGUCAAAGUGAACCGCAUCAUCCCUCAUCCCAAGUUUAACCCAAAGACAUUUAACAACGAUAUAGCUCUGGUGGAGCUGACAUCACCAGUGGUCCUGUCUGAACACGUCACCCCGGUGUGUCUGCCUUCUGGCGUGGAGCCCCCUACUGGCAGCCCGUGCCUGGUGGCAGGCUGGGGCUCCCUCUAUGAGGAUGGACCGUCUGCUGACGUCGUGAUGGAGGCCAAGGUUCCCCUGCUGCCUCAGAGCACCUGUAAGAGUGCACUCGGCAAAGAGCUGGUCACCAACACCAUGUUGUGUGCAGGCUAUCUCUCUGGAGGCAUUGACUCCUGUCAGGGAGACUCUGGAGGUCCCCUGAUCUACCAAGAUCGAAUUUCCGGUCGCUUCCAGCUCUAUGGCAUCACUUCUUGGGGAGACGGCUGUGGAGAGAAAGGCAAGCCUGGAGUCUACACACGGGUUUUUGCUUUCUCUGACUGGAUUCAGGCCGAGAUACAGAAGUCGUUUGGGAGCCGGGAGCCAACGUGUGCAGAGCUACUAAAGACAACAGAGAUGACAGAGGAGGAACAAAGAUCCGAAUUCAGCUCCUUAUGUCACUUCUACACCCUGACCUGUCCCCGGGGUCAGUCUGCCAGCACUUGCAGCCGCAUGGCCGAGGACAAAUGCCUCACCCGCUUCAAGAAAUGUCAGAUGCGUUCGUUCCUGCAGACCCUGCUGGACCUCCUCCAGAGAGCCGAAGACUACAUCAGGGACAAGGUGGACUUGACCUUCUUCACCCAGACUCUGCCUCAGCUGGUGGAGCACAUCUACAGCACAGCUUUCAUUCACACCAGAGAGAGGAGAGACCUGGGGCUGAGCCAGUGUCUCACACAGAUAGAAGAACAGCUUGGUGGAGCUGUGGUGCCUGAAGAGCAGGGUCCCUCACCACUUCCUCCCGCCUUAUUCAAAGAGGUGGGCCCUUUGGUGGAUGACUGGGAGAACUACCUGAGGACCAUGGCUGAGGACCUGGACAAACAGCACACUGACACAUCCACAGACAUCUCAUCUGCGCCAGCAUCACAGGAGCUCAACCUUUUCUCACAGACGGAAGACUCCUCGGUGCAUCAGCUAGAGGGACAGUAUCGAUCCGUUAUCUCAGCUCUACGCUCUAAAUUGGACUCUAGAGCUGCUCCUCCCAUCAUGCACCUGGACACAACCUUCCUCCAGAAAGAGUCUCCCAUCGUUCCCCCCUUCCCCACGUCUUCUUCCGGGAGGCCGCUCCACGCCGCUUCCUCGUCCAAGGAGGAAUCCCGGGAGCCAUGGUCACUCCUAAAAGCCUUGAUGAACGAAAUUGAACAAUUGAGAACACAAGAUGAGAUCGUGCCAAAAGAUGUGUCUCAAAGUGAAACCUCAUCGAGUCGAGACGCUUUUCCCGAUGUAACGUGGAGCGCCACGUCUGAGGAUUUUACUUUUGUUGAGACUGGAGAUGGAACAGAAUUACAAACUCUAGUGUCACCACUUCCAGUUCAGCCAACCACUAUUGUCCAGACAGUGACUGAGGGCGAGCACAGAGACAUGACGGCUGACCCCCGACAAACUGUGAAUGCUGUAAAGCCUAAAAGUCUUCAGAGGAAGUACAGGAGCCUUCUCCGCAAGAGGCAGAUACCUGGAGCGAGCGGGAAAAUUUGUCCUGGAGUGAGAGAAUCCUCACAGCAGGUCAGCCAAGUCAGAGACUCCUACAGCUGGGUCCUAAACAUCCCAAACAAAAACCUGCGCAUGAAUUUCCAAGAGGUCUUAGCUGAUCUGAGCUCAAAGAACGAUCGAGGACUCUACCAGGCGCGGGUCAGGGCACUGGUGGGAGGACGACCUUUAACCUUCUACAGUCUCGUCGGCCUGGAGAAUGAGUCAUUCUACCGCAGUGUACCGAGGAUCAUCGCUAUGGCACUGGAGGCGCUCAAGACUUGAUUUCAUCGUGACACUGAAGUGAGAUAACAUGAAGGUAAAAGGGAUGGAGACAUUCAGACUCAGAGAGACGUGUCUGAGAAGCCCCGGGAAAUCCUUGUCGCGGGAAGCAGAGACGCACACACACACAAAAGAAAACGCACGUCACAGAAACUUAACGUCUCCUGUGAAAAGCAUCAUUUUCUUUCCCCCGCCUGAGAGCCUGACUUUCGCUCGAAAUGAAAACACAGCCAUGAAUGUAUCGACCCAAGUAUCGACCGCCCGUCACGCCGCAGGUUUUUUUCUUUUUUACGUGGUUGGAGACAUAACCUUGUCUAACUUAUGAAUCUGUACAAAAUGAUAAGUUAUUCAUAUUGUCCUUGUCUUUUGCAAAGGUUGAGCCUGUUGUGAUGCACUCACACUGUAUAUAUUAUUCAUGUUAUCUUUAUUCCUACCAUAUUUAUUUGUAUAGAGAAAAAUCCUUUGUAUUUUUGUAAAAAAAAUCUAUAUAUAUGAAUAAAAUUGUUAUAAUGCUA